AGGUAAAAUAUUAAUUAAAAAAUGAUAUAAUAUAUUAUAUAGUAAAGAAAAGAAGAAACCUGUGGAGGGUCCAGACUAAUGCCUUCGUGGACAGUGAAUACUCUAAAUUCGCAUCUGGGAUUUUCGAAUCGAAGCGUGGUGUUGUUUCAGAAACAAUUACAAAUACUUUUCUCUGUAAUUGAGUAAACUAGAAGAAAGGCCCAAGUAUGGCUUUUAAUCGUUGGUCCAUUGUGCUCCGCAAUGCUAUCAGCAGCAGCAGUAGAACAAACUGGUUAUCAGGGGCUGCUGCUUCCUCCUCUGCUCCUUCCAAUUGGAGGAGAUCAUUAUGCCAAAAUAGUGUCUCCUCGUCCUCCUCAUCACCAUCUUCACCGUCUGCCUCAUCGUAUCACUUGAAUGGCGGGCCUUCCUACAUGCGUGGCGUUAUGUUUACCGAACCUAAUAAACCUCUCUCUAUUGAAGAGUUCCACAUGCCUCGCCCCAAGGCUGGUGAAGUUCUCAUCAAAACCAAGGCCUGCGGGGUUUGCCACUCUGAUCUUCACGUAAUCAAAGGUGAACUUCCAUUUGCUAGCCCUUGUGUUGUGGGUCAUGAGAUCACAGGUGAGGUGGUUGAGCAUGGGCCCCUCACGGACACCAAAAUCAUUGAAAGAUUUCCAGUCGGAGCUCAUGUGAUUGGAGCUUUCAUAAUGCCUUGCGGUAGCUGUUUCUUCUGUAAUAAGGGUCAAGAUGACUUGUGUGAGGAUUUCUUCGCUUAUAACCGCGCAAAAGGAACCCUUUAUGACGGAGAAACCCGCUUGUUCCUCCGCAACAGUGGCAAACCUGUAUAUAUGUAUAGCAUGGGUGGCCUUGCUGAUUUUUGUGUCGUGCCAGCACAUGGUUUGUGCAUUCUACCCGACACAUUGCCGUAUACAGAAUCUGCUAUUUUGGGAUGUGCAGUUUUUACCGCAUAUGGUGCUAUGGCUCAUGCAGCUGAGGUUCAUCCUGGGGAUACCAUUGCUGUGAUUGGCAUUGGGGGUGUUGGUUCUAGUUGUUUGCAGAUAGCACGGGCAUUUGGCGCCUCUGAGAUCAUAGCUGUUGAUGUACAAGACGAUAAACUGCAGAAAGCAAAAAUGCUUGGAGCUACACACACUGUAAAUGCACAAAAUGAGGAUGCUGUUGAAAAGAUUAGAGAAAUAACUGGAGGAAUGGGGGUAGACAUUGCUGUGGAAGCCCUUGGAAAACCGCAGACAUUUUUGCAGUGCACACAAAGUGUACGAGAUGGAGGAAAAGCUGUAAUGAUUGGGCUUACGCACUCUGCUGCCAGAGGGGAGAUAGAUAUAAACCGUCUGGUUCGUAGGCAGAUUAAAAUAAUUGGCUCAUACGGAGGCAGAGCAAGGCAGGAUCUUCCAAAGUUGGUUAAGCUUUCCGAAAGCGGUAUCUUCAAUCUCAGUGCUGCUGUUUCAAGAAAAUGCAAAAUCGAGGAUGCAAAUGAAGUGUACCAAGAUCUCAACCGGGGCAGUAUUGUUGGGCGUGCUGUUGUUGAGAUAAUGUAGUUGUGUUUCAUCAAAUUGUAAGGCUUCUUUGGCUCCUUAUCUCCAGUACAAGGUUGUCCGUUUGUUAGAAUAAAUAACAUGUUCAAAUGUCUGUUUGUGGGGAUAGAACUGAUGAUUGUGCACAACUACGUCCCUUGUGGAAGGGGUUGUUGCUGCAGAUGGCAGGAAGUUACUAUCAUGUCAUUUUUCAUGUCUUUUGUUUCGACAUUCAAUGGCAAUGAUGCCUUGAAAUUGUUUUGUAAGACUUGCCAUUUCACUUAUUUUCUAAUGCAUAAUGGCGCUGUUUGGGAAUUCA